AUGGCAACCAAUUUUAGUCGUAAACGUAUGCUCCCAAUGGAGGCUGAAUUAGGUUAUUACAGAGCAUACAGCGCUGCAUUCCCCAAUAAGAACCCCUCAAAUAAUGGUCCAGAUGGGACCUUCCCUAACAAUUUAGGACAAAUUGUUUUCUCUGUCCUCAUAUUUUUAAUCUGCAUUUUUGGACUUCUGGGGAAUGGAACCAUCAUCUGGUUUCUUGGGUUCUGCAUUGCAAGGAAUCCUUUCACCACCUACAUCUUGAAUUUGGCAGCUGCUGAUUUUGAGAUCCUGAUAUGCCUAGUCACAUUUCUUGCAGUAGGAUGUUUUAAUGAAGGCACUUUUGUUCCUUCAGUUCUUUUCCCAAUAGCUCUGGAGAUCUUCCUGUUGAUCUACAGCGUCAGUCAGCUUCUAGUGAUGGCUGUCAGCAUCGAGGGGUGUACCUCAGCCUUCUACCCAGUUUGGCAUCAAUGCCACCGACCACCCCAGUGGUCCACUGUUGUGUGCGCUGUAAUAUGGGUCUUCUCCUUUCUGCUAGAUGCAAUUGUCCUUGUGCUCCAUACUGAAUUUUAUCCCCAAAUGUACUACCAGUUUAUUGUGAGUGUCUUGCUUUGCACCCCAGGCAUGAUUAUCUCCACUCUGAGCCUCUUCACCAAGGUCUGCCUGAAAUCACGGCAACAACAGCAGUGGAAGGUUUUAACAGCCAUCUUCCUUAUUCUCCUCUUCUCUCUCUUCUUUGAUUUGCCAUUGAAUGCCUUCUACAUCACAUAUUUCCCUGUGGCACAUGCCUAUCGGAUGGAAUUGCGCUUAUUCUGUGCUUCUCUCAACAGCAGCAUUAAGCCAGUGAUUUAUUUCCAAGUUGGGAAGCAGAAGGUGGAUCUAUCUAGGGAAAGCAUAAAGGUCAUUCUCCAAAGGGUUUUCACAGAGGAUGAAGGCUGUAAAGAGGAACUGGAACUCCCAGUUCAAGCCCAGUUAUGA